AGCAUCGGGGUGGAGCGGGACGGGGAUGGGCGGGACAACCCUUAUAAGGCUGGAGGCCGGGCCGGGCCUGAGCUCCGCCGCCGCCACCGCCGCCUGAGCCGCCGCUGUCCGCGCUGCAACCAUGCCGCCCUACACCAUUGUCUACUUCCCGGUCCGAGGGCGCUGCGAGGCCAUGCGCAUGCUGCUGGCCGACCAGGGCCAGAGCUGGAAGGAAGAGGUGGUGACCAAGGAGACCUGGCUGCAGGGCCCGCUCAAGGCCUCCUGUCUGUACGGGCAGCUCCCCAAGUUCCAGGACGGAGACCUCACUCUGUACCAGUCCAACGCCAUCCUGCGACACCUGGGGCGCACCCUUGGGCUAUACGGGAAGGACCAGCGCGAGGCAGCCCUGGUGGACGUGGUGAAUGACGGGGUGGAGGACCUUCGCUGCAAAUACGCCACCCUUAUCUACACCAACUAUGAGGCAGGCAAGAAGGAAUAUGUGAAGGCACUGCCGGGGCACCUGAAGCCUUUCGAGACGCUGCUGUCCCAGAACCAGGGGGGCCAGGCCUUCAUCGUGGGCGACCAGAUCUCCUUCGCGGACUACAACCUGCUGGACUUGCUACUCAUUCACCAGGUCCUGGCCCCCGGCUGCCUGGACUCCCUCCCCCUGCUCUCGGCCUAUGUGGCGCGCCUCAGCGCCCGGCCCAAGCUCAAGGCCUUCCUGGCCUCCCCUGAGCACGUGAACCGUCCCAUCAACGGCAACGGGAAGCAGUGAGAGUUUGCAGCACCCUCGGCGGGAGGUGGGGGCUGCCUGCCUCCCUUUCCUGGGGAGGGGCUCUCACAUCCUCAACAGUCAGGUUUGAGGGAGGGAUGGGGCAGCCAGCUAGGAUGCUUGAGUCCUAAAACACAUGGAUGUAUCUUCUUAGGGCCUUCAACCCAGUCUGCUGAGCCCCAGGAACAGGAAUAAAGAGACCGAAAAAAUUAAAAAAAA